CAAAUGUCAUAUUAAACGACGGUUUGUUUUGUUUUUAGGUUAUACUUUAUUUUUUCAAAUUAUUAAACUAAUUUUUACAAUGAUCGAUUUAUUAGAUGGAAAUAGAAAAAACUUAAGCGAACCAUUUUACACAAAGAAACUAUCAGAACAUGGCCAAAUUGUAUUUAUACAGUUUUCUCCUUAUGAAUGGUCCCAGGACGUUUUCUUAAUUGGUUUCAAAAAGAAAAUUUUACUAGCUCAUCUCGAAAUUACGGAUGUAUUGUCAGUUAGAAUAAUAACGGAAUUCUCCCAUCCAGUAAGAUGUACAUCAUUAAGUAUAUCUCCAGAUACAUCUUUGACUGCCUUACCAAAUAAAAUUAUAUUUUGUGCAGGAGGCAAUGAUUUUAAACUCAGAGUAUUUAAUAGCGACUUGGGAGAAAAUAAUACAUGUAAAGUAUUAAGUGGCCACACUAGUUAUAUUAAUGAUUGUAUGUAUGAUCCUGAAAACACUUAUUUGGCAUCAGCAAGUGAUGACAACACUGUGAAGAUUUGGUCCACAGAUGAUUAUGAAUUAAAGUCUACAUUUUCAUUAACAUCUCCAGGGAUGAAUGUAUGUUGGCAUAGAGCAGAUAGUGGAAAACUUUUAGUAGCUGAAAAAAUUGGAAUAAUACGAUUUUACAAUGUGGAAACUGAAACUUCUAUACUUUCUAUUGACUAUAAUAAACCACUUUCAUGCACACAUUGGGCACCUUCAGAUAGGGAUAUAGUAGCGUCACUUCAACUUGGAGAAUUGCUGUUGUGGGAUUUAACCAAACCAUGUUUACCUCUACAAAACAAUAUAUUAUUCCCUGAAAACGGAGGACGUAUAGCAUUUUCCCCUCAAGGAGAGUUGGUUGCAGCUGUUAAUAGCUUAGACAGCACUUUAAAGAUUUUCCAUAUCAGAAGCCAAGCGGUGAAACUGACAGCGGGUUUAACUUUACCUACCAACGUUUGCUGGCAUUACAGAUAUCCUUUAAUUUGUGUGGGUGAUGACUUUAAACUAUGCUUUUGGAAAGUCACUGCUAAUUAAUGUUUUUUAAGAACUAAACUUUUUUUAAUAAAAUAUUUUUUAAGUACCUACAAA